ACAAUGCAUAACACCGCCUGGUCAGUUUAAUGCAUGCAUUUUAACGGCGCGCGUAAUUGCGCAUGCAGAGGCUUUAAAAAGUCAUGUGAGUGCCCGCCCCCCCUCCUCCUGCCUCUGGACGCCAGUGAUGAGCAUGAUGAUAAGUCGCCUGCACCGAACACGGUAUAUCUGACCUCUGAGCUUCACAAUGUGUUCGAUUCCCGGGCUUCCAACGCCAGGAUCAAAAGUACCUGUUGUCGUCACGAGGGUUAAUCUAAACCCCAGUUGUGGUCUUGUGGAACUAUGGGUUAACAUGGAUUAUGGAAGGGAGCAUAUUUAUGAGCAGAUGCGAGAAGACAUUCAAAUUCCUAAAAGGAAGUUUUGUGGACUAGAAGGAAAACCGAGGGACCUCUGUCUAGUUUGCAUCAGUGAUACCUGGCAUAGAGCUCGGAUUGUAUCGAUUCAGAGUGAAACUUACAAUGUUUUUCUAAUUGACCAGGGACAGCCCCAUAUUGCCAAAAGUGAAAAUUUAGCCUGGGGUCAAAGUGACAGUUUUCUCCUUCCUCCUGAAACUCAAUCAUGCAUACUUGCAAAUGUCCUCUCCCAUGAGAAUAACUGGCCUGAAAGAGCCACAAGGCUUUUGAUGUCUCUGCCUGGCAAGAAGAUUGAGGGACUGGUCCAACAUGUGCUAAUGCCAGACAGGAUCAUUCUCCUUGACAUACCAGAUGUUUCCAAGUACAUUUGUAAGUGUGGAGUUGCAAAGAAGAUACCAAUGGAUGAAUUUAAAUGUCUUGUACUGAAAUGUCUUCAUUUACCCAAAGGAGAGGACUCUGAGGCCUACCACAUAACGCAGGAACAGGAUCUGAAGCUUAGUUGCCAACUUGAGAAGCAUGACCAAUAUUUUUACCCAGAACUGUUAACUGACACUUUUGAAACAGUUAUUGUAACAGAGGUAACAAGUCCACAGAAUAUAUUUUGCAAACUCCUAAUUUUUUCCAAAGCAGUGAAGAUAUUAUCUGAACAAAUCCACCAGCACUAUGAAAAGAGCUCAGAUUUAGGAGAGGCAAAACCACAGAACUGCUGGGAUCCAUGUGCUGCUAGAGACCGAAAUGGCAGAUGGCAGCGCUCGUUACUUAAGCAAAACAUGACUAGCGACGGUGCUGUGGAAGUCUUGCAUGUGGAUGAAGGGAUAACUGAAUUAGUCCCAGUUGGAGACAUCAAACCACUGCAUGGAAAGUUUCUGAGAAUGCCAGUUGUCACAUAUACCUGUUCACUUGAUGGCUUAAAAGAUGACAGCACAGAGUGGACUACAGAACAGACGGACUACUUGAAGUCACUGCUCCUGCACCAGACUGUGGAGGCCUGUUUUAACCAGCAUAAUAUACCUCAAGAUGUCUAUUAUGUCACUCUCUAUGCAGAAAAUGCUUCAUGCAUAAACAAUUCUUUUAUAGAGAAGGGAAGACCUUGUAAGAAUGAACCUAUUCCGCCACUAUUCUUCAGUUCACUUGAAGACAAACCAUGCAUUGAUAUACAGAACAAAAUCUGUGUAAAUGUUGAUGGUUUACUAGAGGAAACUUUGUCAAACAUCGCAAACGUAGAGGCCAGUGACAGGACAGAUGAUGUACCCACUUCUGGUGCGGAUGGCUCAGAACGUCCAGACUUUCUAGGACAGCGCAAUGGGUAUCAUUCAGCAGGUUUCCCCUCUGAGGUCCAGAAGCCUUGUGAUGAUGGUGUGUUUACUGUAGGCCGCAGUGUCGAUGUAAAUGUAUCUUGCAUUGAAAGUCUACAGAGGUUCUGGUGUCAAAUAACAGAAAAUGGUGACACUCUUCGACUCCUUAUGCAAAACCUGCAAGACCAAUAUGCGUCCACUCACCCUCAGCCGCUCGUUGAGUCUGUCUGUGUUGCCCGAAAUCCAGACGAUGGGAUGUGGUACAGAGCAAGGAUCAUUGCAAGUCAGCACUCCCCAGUUGUAGAUGUGAGAUUUAUAGACUAUGGCCUAACUAGAAAAGUCCCUCUGCGAGAUGUGCGCCCCAUUGAUCCAGCUUUCUUACAGCUGAAUGCACAGGCAUUUCAUUGUUGCUUAUCAAAUCUGAAGGAUUCUACUAGUCCCACUGCUGUCACUUGGACUAACUCUGCAUUAAUGGAGAAUUUUGUCGAUUUCAGUGCAUCGUCCAACAUUGGGUUGAAAUGCAUUGUAAAAGCUGUAAUGUCUGAUGAAGAAGGUCUGCAGCUUAAUGUGGUAGAUAUUGAAACACCAUCUGAAGGUGCAUGCAAGCUUCUGGCUCAGAGAUCUGCACAGGAUGAAUCUCAUGUGCCAGUUCCUCCACAGAUCUCAUCGGAUGCAUACAGUUACCCCACACACAAUAUUGAGGUGGGCGGAAAAGAAAAAGUGUGGGUAACCUUUUCAGAGAGUGUGAAUCACUUCUACUGCCAACUGGAGAGGAAUUCACAUUUGUUUGAGAAAGUGAUGGCAAAUGUUCAACAACUCAUUGGACAGCCACAGGGCACAGAUCACCCACUUGGAGUUAAUAUGAUUUGCUUUGUAAGGUACACUGAUAAUAAGUGGUACAGAGGUCAAGUUGUAGAAACGUCUCCAAAACUUAGAGUGUUCUUUGUGGACUAUGGUCAAACCCUUGUAGUGAAUGAAUCUGAUGUUUGCCCCAUUCCAACUGAAGCAAGCAUCGUCAGGUCUGUUCCUGUGCAGGCUGUUCCACUUGGACUGUUCAGUGUCCCUGCACAAGUGCCAGAGAAGGUCAACAAGUGGUUUGCAGAUCAUGCUAUUGACUCCAGUUUGACCAUUUCUGUGUUAGCAAAAGGGGCAAAAGGGAAGCUAUUUGUCGAACUCUUUGAUGGAUCUCUAAAUGUAAAUGUGAAAGUUACAGAGAUGAUAUCACAGAUGAUGGGACAAACAAUGACUGGUCUCGUUCAGAGGACUGACCAGCAGCUCUGUAUCAACACAAAACACGCUAGUGUGCCAAAUGAACACUGUUUAAUGCAAGAGCCAAUGGAUGUGUCAUUAACAAGGAUGGCGGAACAAAAUGAGGUCCACAGCAGCAAUGAAAUGCAUGAACUAAAGAUGAGUCCACAAUCCAUUGCUAAUGCAUCUGCACAAGAGAAUAAACAAGGAAAUACUUCGACACUGGAUGAACAAAGAAAUCUAUCUUUGGAUGUCAUUCUUGAGUACGAAGAAACCGUGUCUGCAGAAACUUUCAUACAAGGUGGCCACAGUGACUUGGAAACUACACAACUUUCCCUUCCCCUUUGCCCUGAGGAAAAUGUGAACUGCAUGUACAAGAGGCCAGACAUUUCUCUAAACAAGACAGAGGAGGUAUAUGCUUCCUGCAUUGUUGAACCACAUUACUUUUGGUGUCAGUACACAAACACUGAAGGCCUGAGCAUGGUGUCGAGGCUUGCUCAGGAAGAAGGAUGGUCACAAAAGGACAUACCCGAGAGGUUUUUCAAGACUCUUGGUCCUGGUAGUUCAUGCCUUGCUGUUUUUUCCAGUGACAACCAGUGGUAUCGAGCUCAGGUAAUUCGGAGAACUGAUGAUAUACUUCAUGUUCUGUUUGUUGACUACGGAAAUGAGUGUGAUGUUGACAUCAAGAAUGUGAGACCACUGUCUCAGAGUCUGCUUGAGAAGGCUCCACAGGCCUUUUUGUGCUCUUUAAAUGGAUUUGGUGAGUCCAAGGGCUCCUGGGACGAUGGUGUUUAUGAUGACUUCUACAAUCUUCUGGUUGAUAAACCACUCAGAGUAAGAGUCUUCAAUAUGGAGGACCAUUCAGAGAUUGCGGUUCCUCAAUAUGCAGUGCAAGUAGAGUUUGAGAAUAUGGUUGUAAAUGAGAUGAUGCAGAAAUACUGGAAACCAGCUGCCACAGACCAAAAUAAGACAGAAACCCUGCAAACAGAACAUUUACUCCAGGAAGGUCAAAUUGAGUCCAACAUGACGCAGCUUAAUGUUUCCAAAGGAAAUGUGAACACUUGCAUGUACAAGAAACCAAACCUUUCCAAAAACAAAAAAGUGGAAGUAUAUGCUUCUUGUAUUGUGGAACCACAUUACUUCUGGUGUCAGUACGCCAACGCUGAGGAGCUCAAUGAAGUAACCAGGCUUGCUCAGGAAGCAGGACAGGCACAGCAGGACAUAAUGUUCACAAAGACACGUGUUCACAAGACUCUUGGUCCUGGCGGUCCGUGCCUUGCUCUAUUUUGCAGUGAUGAACAGUGGUAUCGAGCUCAAGUAAUUAACAGAGUUGAUGAUUCAUUCCAUGUUGUGUUUAUUGACUAUGGAAAUGAGUCUGAUGUUGACCUCAAGAAUGUGAGACCACUGUCCCAGAAUUUGCUGGAUAAUGCUCCUCAGGCCUUUUUGUGCUCUUUGAAUGGAUUUGACAAGUCCAGGGGUUCAUGGGUUGACGAAGUGUACGAGGACUUCUACAGUCUUCUGGUUGAUAAACCCCUCAAACUAACAGUGUUUAGCAUGGAAGACCAUUCAGAGAUCUUAACUCAUCAGCAUGCAGUGGAAAUAGAGUGUGAAGGAGUGGAUGUAAACGCAGCAAUGCAGAAAUACUGGAAACCAGUUGCCAAAGAACGUGUUUUGAUAGAAAGCCCACAAAGAGAAACCUUCCAGCAAGAUGGUCAAACUGAUGCCAACAUGACAGAACAUGUUAUGUUAGAAAACCCUCAAACAGAAGACUUAACCCAGAGUGGUCAAACUGAGUCCGAAAUAAAGCAUCUUAAUGUUAAUACAUGCAUGUACAAGAAGCCAAACCUUUCCAAAAAUAAGACUGAGAUGGUGUAUGCCUCUUGUAUUGUGGAACCACAUUUCUUCUGGUGUCAAUACGCCAACACUGAGGAGCUCAAUGAAGUAUCCGGGCUUGCUCAGGGAGCAGGACAGGCACAGGAGGACACAAUGUUCACCAAGACUCUUGGUCCUGGCAGCCCAUGUCUUGCUCUGUUUUCCAGUGACAACCAGUGGUAUCGAGCUCAAGUAAUCCGCAGAUUGGACGAUGCAUUCUGCGUUCUGUUUAUUGACUAUGGAAAUGAGUCUGAUGUUGACAUCAAGAAUGUGAGACCACUGCCCCAGAGCCUGCUGGAUAAGGCUCCUCAGGCCUUUUUGUGCUCUUUGAAUGGAUUUGAUAAGUCAGAGGGCUCCUGGGAUGACCAAAUCUACAACGACUUCUACAAUCUUCUGGUUGAUAAGCUACUCAAACUGACUGUUCUCAACAUGGACAGCCAUUCAGAGAUUGCAGUCCCUCAAUAUGCAGUAGAAAUAGAGUGCGAGGGAGUGGUUGUCAAUGCACAGAUGGAGAAAUACUGGAAAGGACUGGACACGGAGACCAGUGUGGGAUCAGCUCUGGACCCAGAUGAAUACCCAUGAAAUCCAGUUCUUGACUUUUGUGAACGGACAAUUCGUGUUUGUCUCGUUAGAAAUUAAGUUACUAAAUGAAGAUUGUCACGUGGUUAUUUAUGUCAAUAAACCUUACACUACUUACA